AUGAAAACUCGACCAAGGAGAAUUCAAAAUAAUUUCUUGGAAUUUUCAUCAUCAUCAACAUUGACAAUUACUUGUUGUUUAUUCAUUCUCUUGAUUACACUCCAAUCAUCUCUUUUAGCAUUUCAUUCCAAUCAAAUUUCUUCAUUUCAUUUAUUACACACCGAUGAUUUACAUUCACAUUUUGAAGGUAAUGGUCCCGAUUCGAGUUUGACGGAUGGCAGUGUUGAGAAUGGAAAUAAUCAAGUGAUUGGACAUUAUGCUCGAUUGUUGACAUUGAUCAAGAAGAUGAAAAAGACCUAUUCCAAUGUUUUACUUUUAGACGGUGGAGAUUGGUUGAUGGGAACCAUGUUUCACACUCUCUCCAUGUCAAGUAUGUUUCCAGAGUUAGCUCCUCCAGAAUUGGAAUUUUUUAGAAUUGCCGGAUAUGAUGCAAUCACUAUGGGCAAUCACGAGUUUGAUGUUUUUCAAGAGGGCGUUCUUUCCAUCAUUCGUCGAAUGAAUUCUCAAAGUCACAACGACAAGUAUGCUUUACCAAUUGUUUCAUCGAAUCUCAUCACAAAUUUGAACGAAUUACAGAGCUCGGGUGGAAAUUAUAACUUGCAAGAAUGUGAACAAUUUUGGAACGAUUUGAUUCGAGAUCCCUAUCACAUUCAUCCAAACAAUGGAAAUGCUGAAAAAUCAAGAGAACCAAAACACCAGCAUGAAGGAACAUUUUUCACACCCUACAUGACAAAAACUUUUAAAUCUGAGAAUGGAACUGAAUUAACCGUAGGAGUGAUUGGAACGAUGGGUCCAGCUGCUGCCAUGACAGCCAUGACAGGUCGACAACCUUGUUUUCAUUAUUAUGGAUUUAAUGAAACGACCAAAAAAGUCGAUAUUGAUCGUUAUGUCAAUUCCAUCUAUCAUCUUGCUCUUGAUUUGAAAUUAGGAAGAAAUGGAUCACCAAAAUGUCAUGUCGUAGUCGUCUUGUCUCAUUCUGGAGAGCCUGAAGAUAAGGAAGUGGCAGAAAUCAUUGUGAAAAAACACAAAACAGAAUAUUCAAAGAAACAGAAUGAACAUCUUCCUCGAGUUGCAGUCGAUGUACACAUUUCGUCACAUUCUCACAAUAUUUAUUUUGAAAAACUUUCAUUUACGAGUCGACGCAGGGAUGACAAGAAUCAACAUGAUAUUCAACAUGAUGUGUACAUUCAUCAGGCAGGUCCAUAUGCAUCGAAUUUGGGAGUUUUACAAUUUGAUUAUAUAUUUGAGACAGAACAAUUAAUUUUGAAAAAUGAAAAAAUUAAGGUUCCCAAGUCCACUCUCAUUUCCGACAGUGUCACAAGAGAUGCCUAUGAACGAGAUCAUUUAGGAGACAUUAAUAAUCCAAUUUCUCUGUUUCAUACGACUGGAGUGUGUUUUGAUUGUAUUGACCAUGAAAAUGUACUACUUCCCAUUCGAAUUCCAAUCACGAAUGAAAUUCCAAUGGAUCAAGAUUAUUUGAAAAUUUUACAAAAUUACAAGCAUCUCAUUAACAAGUACAUCCUAGGAGCAGAAUUUCCAUUUCAAUAUGAAUCAUGGAUUGGAAGUAUUGAUAUUUCUAACAUUACUGAAAAAACACAAUUUGGAGAUGUAGCAGCAGAUUGCAUCGUUCAUGAAAUGCGUCACAAUCAACAGAAAAUUAAGCAUGUGCUUGAACAGUUGAAACAACAGGUCAGCAAUUAUAAUCCAGAAUGGACACUCUCUCAAGUCGUUGCUCUCUAUCAAUCCCAGUCACAAAAGAACUCUAAACCUCUUGACAAGUAUCAUUACCGAUUUAAUCAUUGGCGUCUGAAAGAUAUUGAAAAUGUUGUGAAUAAUCGAUUCGAUGUUUAUUUAAUUCCAACGGAUGGAUUUCGAACUCAUAUUGUCUCGCUCAAGCAUUGGAAUGAAUCGAUCAUUCCGUUACAAUUUUCAGACAUUUACAACAUGCUUCCUCUAGGAAGAUUGAAACACAACAUUCGUGAAGGAAUACUGCCAGGAGAAUCGAUUGAAAUAUUUUACUUACCCUUUCGAACUGCGAAACGAUUGUUGACCUACUCUUUUGUGAUUGGAGAAGUCAUGGGAUUUCAUUUUCUCUCCAUGUGUCGAAGUACAAAUUUAUCUUACAAGACACGAUGGUAUGGAAUUCCAUUACUAGUGGAAGAUAAAAUCGAUGCAAAAGAAGAACGAGAGCUUUCAUGGUUUUGGAAGUUGUUACGAAAAGUGAAAAAUUCGCUUGCCAGAUAUUACGAUUUUGAAGUGGACGGUUUUUCAGAAAAUGAAUACAGAGAUCGAUACUUUGCAUCAGAAUCGCAUGUGUAUUCAGAAGAUGCCUUAUUGGGAAUGAUGAUUCCUGGGUGGAUGGUUAAUUUCAUGUCGAAAACAGCAACCUUUACAGGUGGAUUUUUGUCUUUGGAGAUGAGAGAUCGUUAUGGUCGAGUGUUAGUCAUUCCCCACACGAACACGGGAGUGCCAGAUGCGACGGUUCAAGUGAAUAGCAAGCUGGAAAGCAAGACCUUGUAUCAAACCACGAUAAGUGCUACACCAUUUUUGGAUUAUCAAAUCGUUGCGGAAUGCUUGGCGUCACAAAGAAAACAUUAA